AUGGCUUUUGUUGGUGGACAUAAGAAAGGAUUUACUGCAAUUGGACUCAGAAACUCAGGGAAAACACUUCAAGUCCAACCUAGAACUACCCUUGCUUCUAUUGAAUCCUUGACCAUUCCUCUUGUCCAGGAAGUUGUUUUAUUAGCUGAUUUUCGAUGUUCAGGGUGUCAGAAGAGGGUUGCUGAAAUAAUGUCUAAAAUGAAUGGAGAGUCUGAUUCUGUGGAGGUGAGUGUGUUGGAGAAGAAGGUAACACUCACUUGUAAAUACCCUAAAGCUCUCGAAGUACCUUCACAACAAGUUGCUGCAAUAUACAGAAAUCCCCUCAACAAAUUCACCAUGUCCAUGAUCAUGCGGCUAUUUCGCUGUUCACGCACUUUAUUAGAAAUCAAAGCGAUCCCUCGUACGCUACCACAAAAGUGA